AUGGAGGGGAUGGACCCCUUUCAAGGGAGUACAGAUGAAGGCUCUACUUCACCUAGCAAGACCGCUGAAGUGCUGAUGGAUGAUACAGGGAGGAGCAUGGGAGGCCUGAGAACAACGGACAGGCUCCUUGAGUCUCCUGUCGUUUCCAUGGAGUCGCGUGUGGAACAGGCCCAGUUUGAACCAGUCACUGCACCUACACCGCAAAAUCCCUUGGCAGCUCUUGCUGUUUACAUCGAUAUUAACCUUCCCUCUGCUCUUCAAAUGCUCCGGACAGCUGCGUCAGCCGCAUUUGAAGAGGCGAAAGCCGCCCUUUCCUUUGGCAGCAACGGGAGGCUCAACACAGCGAGAAGGCUGCACCGGACACUGGAAGAGCUGUGGAUUCGGCCAAAUAGGCAGCUAUUAAACGUGAACAUUGAUAAUCUCCGUCUACUGCUUGGAAGCUUACGACACCAGGGUCACCGUUCCAGACUGGGCAUACCCACCCUGACGAGCUCAAGCGAUGAAGCGCCGACUAUUGACUGCAGUGACGUGGCUGAAGCAGAUCUGUGUACGAAAGCGGGUGGAGCCAGUCCGCCUUACGGGUUAUCGGACGGCUUAAUAGACUAUGGCUCGUCAGACAGUGAAGUGUUUUCUGCGGACUCUUUGCCAACGGCGUGGCGGCCCAUGUGCAGACAUGACGGAACAUUCAUAGCACCUCCAAUAGAGCUCCUCGCUGCUUUUGCGGGCUCUAGAGAUACAUAUAUUCCCCAUUGUGGCCGAUAUUCCUUCAUUCAUGAAGGUCUGGAGCUCUGGAGAUCUGCCGAGAGGACCACUGUUCAGAGCACCGUGGGGUGUGUCGUGGGUCUGUGCGUACGCAGCCUUCUGGACCUGUAUAUUCAGGCAAUCCGUUCGCUGCAACCCGGGUUGUUGCCGAAGCGUUCUGUGGUACUCGUUACAGCCGUUAACGUGCCGAUGAUGUUCAGGGUGUUAGAAGAGCAUCACUUGAUCGUGCAACCACUGGAUCUGGACCCACACACGCUGAUGCCCACAGAGCAAAGCUUGCAACAGGCAGUGCAUUGCUGGGGAUCUAGGGUUAAAGCACUUCUGUGUACUCACCUUUACGGAGGUCUCUGCGAUUUACAGCCCCUGGUAGAAUUCAGCGCAAAACACAAACUUUUGCUCAUUGAGGAUUGCGCAGAGUCGUUCGUCGGAGAGCUGUACAGAGGCCACCCUUGGGCGGAUGUCAGCCUAUUCUCCUUUGGGCUGAUCAAGACAUGUACUGCUGCUGGGGGAGGCAUUGCAACUGUACGCGGGUUUCCGCCCACAGGGGAGCUGUUCAAGCUGCUUCGGUUCCAACCGAGCUCUUCGCUUCUUGCAGUGAUCUUGAAGAGACUUGACUCGUGGAAUUUGAAGGAAUUUAUUGAGCAGCAGCUGCGUACAACAAGAUUUGCUCGGAGGCUGCAGAACUUGGGUUUCCAUAUUCCAGGAAGUGGCUCUGCUUUCAAGACUUUUUGGCUAUUUCCAGUUGUCACACCAGAUGGCUGGACUGUUUCGGAGUUCGCGGCUGUUCUUCGGGAGAACGGGUUGUUUGCUGCUAGCGACGCUACUACGCUAGUCUGCUGUACUGCAAUCCCAGGCGGUGCAGGGGGUGUAGGAUUUCCGAAGACAGCUGCUGAAGUAAUGCGCCGCAUUGUGUAUUUGCCAGUAAACCGAAACUCUACACAGCAUCAGCUUCUGCAAGUUGAGGCAGCAGUGGCAAGGGCAUGCAAAUGCGAACCAAAUAUGCUCAUGCCUUACAUAUGUGGUGGCUUGAAAAAGGCAGAGUGUGGAACGCCAAACACGUACAGAGGCGAGAAUUUAGCAUUGCCGCGUCGAGUGCCGCACAAGGCUAAUAUUGUUUCUUAG